AUGCGUCCACGAACUCUCCGAGCCGCGACAAACGCCAUAACCUCCUCCGUCCGCCGCGACCGGCCUACACCUCGCCGUCCAUACAUCUGCGACAACUGCCGACAACAGCUCUCGAGUCCAUCCCAGACACGAUUCCUCAGCACGACGCAAAGACGAGCAUUCAACAUUACACCUUCCCUCCGACAACAACAGUCGCGCGCGCAGCAGCACGAAGCCGCCUCCGAAACGUCCGCCAGACCCACGCAGACCCAUUACUCCCUCUUCCCCAGCACCUUUCCCGCUGGGCCACCACCAGCUUCACCCUUCACGCCUUCCCUUCCAGCCCUCCGGCGUGAAUUUCUCACUCUCCAACAAAAAUCUCACCCGGACCUCUUCCCUCCCGCAGAGAAACCCCGCGCCGAAGCCUUGUCCAUGCUCAUCAACGAGGCGUAUCGCACAUUGCAAGAUCCCUUGCGACGGGCGGAGUACCUCUUAUCGCUGCAAGGCGUAGACCUCGACGAUGAGUCCGCAAAGCUGGGCGACCAAGCGGCUGGUGAGGGAGGGGAGCUUUUGAUGGAGGUCAUGGAAGCGAGAGAGGCGGUCGACGAGGUUGAGGACGAGGCUGGGUUGGAGGCGUUAAAGAGCGACAAUGAAGAGAGGAUGAAGGGGAGUGUGGCGGGGUUGGAAGCCGCUUUUGCGGAAGGUAAUUUGGAGGCGGCGAGGAGGGAGGCCGUCAGGCUGCGCUAUUGGAAGAACAUCGAGGAGAGUAUACGCGGCUGGGAGAAGGGUCACGGCGGUGGAAACAAUGAGCAUUGA